AUGAUGGCCCGUCACGUUCAGCUGCUGCUCAGCAUUACCACGCUUGCCAAUGUGGAGGCAGUGAAUCUUCGCUCCAGAGUCUUCGGGAACAACCUCACAGGACUCUUGGAACAGAAUCGAACUGACUAUGCACCGGCCCCGCAUCCGCGCCACUACCAUUUUAUGGCAACCUCGACGCGGUAUGGGACCAACCCUCACACAGCUUGCGGGCUGGAUUCUGCAGCCCUCGUUCGUGGAACCGACUAUCUUGCAGUGGCCUCAGCGCAGGCCAUGCAAGACGGAUGUUGCAGGUGCAAUCGGAAUGGCGGAGGAGGACGCACCGCCAGCCUGGGAUGCGGAUCAUGUGGCAAAGGGAGAUUUGUCAGGCAGCUGCCUCGAGGAUUCAAGAUUUGGACACCUGCGUCAGCCCAGAUCUUUCACAAAGAAUAUAAGUUUGUGGUUGUGGACAUCUGCCCGCACUCCCACAAUGCCAUGUGGUGCCCGGCAAGAGCAGGGCAAGCCAAUCAGUUUGGAGUUCACAACCAUUUCGACUUCGCCACGGUACCCCACCACUUUGACAACUACUACUUCGAGUUCACACCGGAGCCCUGCAACCACGACAUGCAGUCCCGCUUGGCCAGGAUGUCCAAAUGCCACUUGCGGUGA